GUCAUUGAGUGCGACGAAAACUGUACUAAGCUUUCGUCUUGCGCUUCUCGCUUAUUGAUAGUAAUCUGAAACAGUGAAUGAGACGACAGGCGUUUGUCCAGUGAACCAACUUUGGAAAGUUUCCAUCACUCAGAUGCAAACGUAAGAAGAAAGCAGCUACCAUUUACUGUAACACCAAGAUGGAUGUAAAAGAGGAAACGUUUGAGGCUGACAUAAAUACUGCGGCGAUAAUGGCUGUGAGCAUUAAGGAGGAGAACGAUGGUGAAUGGGAGCCUGUCCAUCCUGUACAGAAGAGUCUGCCCGUUAAGAAUGAAGAUUAUGAAUUGGUGACUGUGAGCACUAAAGCAGAGGCUGAGGAGGCAUAUGACACAAAGAGGACUGAGGAAAUUUCACCUGUUAGAAUGCUGAAAGAUAAGUCAUUACCUUCAAGUCAGUCUGGAGAAAGAGUCAAACGUCACUGUUGUUCUAAAUGUGGAAAACGAUUCUCUCAUUUAAAUGAUCUUCGAAGUCACACAAGAAUUCACACUGGAGAGAAGCCGUACUGCUGUUCAGAAUGUGGUAAACGAUUCUCACAAAUCUCCCAUCUUCAGACACACAAAAGAAUUCACACCGGAGAGAAACCAUAUCGUUGUUUUGAGUGUGGCAAACAAUUUUCACAAAUCUCCCAUCUUCAAACCCACACAAGAAUUCACACUGGAGAGAAGCCAUAUUGGUGUUCAGAAUGUGGCAAACAAUUCUCAAGAGUUGGCCAUCUUCAGAGACACACCAGAGUUCACACUGGGGAGAAGCCGUAUUGCUGUUCACAAUGUGGCAAAAGAUUCUCACAAAUCAUCAAUCUUCAGAACCACACAAGAACUCAUAAUGGGGAGAAGCUGUAUUGUUGUUCUGAAUGUGGAAAACAAUUUUCACAAUUAAGUGACCUUCAGAGUCACACAAGAAUUCACACUGGUGAAAAGCCAUAUUUCUGUAGUGAAUGUGGCAGACAGUUCAAACAUAUGAUCAGUCUUCAGACCCACAUACAAGUUCACACUGAAAAGAAGCAAUAUUCUUGUUCUGAAUGUGACAAGCAAUUCCGUUACAGACGCAGUCUUCUAACCCACUCAAGAAGUCAUGUGGGAAAGAAUUCUAAGUCUUGUUCUGAAUGUGGAAAACAAUUCUCUAGCAGCAGCUAUCUUCAAAUACACAGAAGAAUUCACACUGGGGAAAAGCCAUUUUCAUGUUCUGAAUGUGGAAAACAAUUUUAUGACAACAGCCAUCUUCAGACACACAAAAGAAUUCACACCGGAGAGAAGCCAUAUUGCUGUUCAGAAUGUGGGAAAAGGUUCUCACGAAUGGCCAAUCUUAAGACCCACAUAAGAAUUCACACUGGAGAGAAGCCAUAUUCGUGUUCUGAAUGUGGAAGACAAUUCUCUGACAACAGCCAUUUUCACAAACACAUAAAAAAUUCACACUGAAGAGAAGCUGUAUUGCUAUUUGAAAAGUGGCAAGUGAGCCUCACAAAUGAGUGUUAAGACCCACCCAAGGAUUCACACUGGAGAGCAUUGCUGUACAUAAAAUGGAAAAUUAUUUGCACAGUUACGUUGUCUUACAAUUCACACUGGGGAAAAACUCUAUUGCUGAAUUGAAUAUGGCAAACAAUUCUCACAUAUGGUCAGCCUUGAGACCCAGACUCAAACUGAAGAGUAGUUCAAUUGCACUUCUAGACACAUCAAACAAUUCCUUUACAGGCAUAGUCUUCCCAUUCAAGCAGUGCUGUUCUGCUUUUGGUAAACGGUUGUCAAAAAUGGUCACGUUUCAGAACCACAUAAAAAUUCACAUGUGAGCAAAGCCAUAUUCUUGUUCUAAAUGUGGCAAACAAUUCUGUGACAGAAGAAUUCUUCAAAAUUCACUUGGGACAGAAGCCAUACUGCAAUUCAAAAUGUGGCAAGCAGUUUUUUUACAGAAGUAGUCUUUUUACACACUGAAGAAUUCACACUGUAGGGAAGCUGUAUUUCUGUAAUGAAUGUGGAAAAGGAUUCCAUCUUCAAAACCACAAAAGAAUUCACUCUGGAAUAACAACAGUAGUAUUGCAGAAAUCACUUCAAAAAAAAGACUCAAGAGUGAGGUUUACUCCAGUCCUGAAAGUACGCACACUAAAUCAUUGAGAAAAUAAAACCAAGAGAAGCCAUAUUGCUGUUUAGAAUGUGGUAAACUAUCCUCUGACCGGAGUAUUCAAAGCCACACUAGAUUUCACUAUCAAAAAAUUUUCUGAAAUAGUAAGUUGGAAUAUAAUGAGGACAUGAGAAGGAAAAAGGAAGCCAAAUAAACCAUUUUUAAUGGCAAGUGUUGACGAGUACUUUUAUAAGAUCAAUACCGAAUCUCAUCAAGGCGAAACUGCUUUGUGUGUCCCAUUAAACUGGCUGCCCAUCUACCAGUAUGCAGAA